CGCUGCUAACCCUACCCAAGAGCAUCACCAUUAACAUGGUUCCACUGAGUUUCACACAGAAAGAGGAAGAAAGGAGGAAGGAAGGAACGCAGAAGCUCCACCAAGUCGGAGCGGUUCUACAAAAGACCAGUAAAGUAACUGGUACAAAGGUCCCCAUGUCUGUCUGAGAAGAUCCUCCUGUCUGUCUGCAGACAUGUCCUCCCGCCCCGACACUAAGACAGUCUCGCAGUUCACAUUUCUCACCCUGAGGCUGAAGGAUAGGCUCCACCCACAGAAACCCAGACACUCCAAGCGAGUCAAAAGCAGUCCAUCUUCCACACCUGGAACACCUGAUCUGAGUUCUCCUCACAAGCAGUUGGCAGACCACCAGCGGGCUGUUGUCAGCUCUCUGCAGUACUUUAAAGCUCUAGUGGACAGGCUGGGACUGGACAGACCCACAGGGGAGAGACUGGAUCUGGACCAGUCCGUCGUGAGUGGCUUGCUGGGUGGGGCAUCAGGUGGAAUCCUGGAGGCUGUCCAGACUCUGGUUCAGUUGGAGCUGCGUCACACGAGACGCCAGAGGGUUUCUACCUGUCUCACUCGUCUGUACCAAUCUGUGGCACAGCUGAUUCGCUGGGCUGAUCAGGUGAUGCUGCAGGGUGCUUCCCAAAGUGAUCAGCAAUCCACAGAAAGCGUUACCAUGGUGAUUAAGGCUGUCCUGGACAGCGCAAAGGAACUGGUUCGAUUGGUUGCAGAAAGAGAGGACAACUCUGUCACCUUGUCCCCUGUUCUAUCACAUAGAGAGACAUCAGAUCAGACAUCGGCCCGCAGAAGUCCUUCAGAGAAGGCUCAGGGCGUUAGGACGGAGAUAAAUGAGGAGCAUCAUAAAAGAGCCCCGCCCAAACCCCCUAUGCCCCUCCCACAAGGAUCAAAUCCUCCAGCACUGCCUCCAAAGACACGUCGAUCAUCGUUGGCUCCUGUCCCCUCCCACUGCAGGGUUGCUAUAGUAACACCAAUAACACGUGAGCCUGACGAAGACAUCCAGAUUGAGCAGGAUGAUGCUUGUUUGAGGCGACUCUCCACUUCUACAGAAUCUGCUGCUAACAAAACCUUCUCUGAGGACGAUCCAGACUACGAUUUCCUCCACACAGACAUGUCCUCCUCUGAGACAUUCCUGCUUCUGCCCCCCACCCUGCCAGAGAAAAGAUGUCGUAAUACCACCGGUCCAAGCGGCUCCCAGAAAUCGUCCUCCUUUGAAUUUGACUCCACCCAUUUGGACACAAACCCUGUCCACAGUAAGGAUGUGUCUGAUGGUUCUGUGUCCUCGCCGUUGUCCCCCAGCAAGACACCCCCUCCCUUACCUGAGAAGAAACGACCCAUCCACCAGUACCUUCAGUUUUGUUCAUCCUAUGAUGAUCAGUCCAUUCUCUUGUUCUAUAAGAAUAACAGAGAACAGCAGGAUUUGGACCACACCCACCAGCUCCUGAACUCCGCCCCCUCUCAUGAGCAGCUUCCUGCUCCUACUCUACCACCAAAGAAGAAACUCCAGGAUACAGCUGAUACACACACUGAGGAUGGAGUAAGCAACUUGGCGAGUGCCCUACAGGAGGUGGAGCUUGGCCAAAGAGGGAGUGAGGAGGAGGAGGAGGAGGAGGAGGUACUGAUGCUGACCGACCAACAAGAGAUCCUCCGCAGGAUCACUCUGAAGUCUGAGGGGGAGGAGGGGCCAGAGGUGAAGGCUGCAUCUAAGGACAUCCUGUUGGUCUUUGCUACAGAGUCCAGCAGCAGCAGCGAACUGCACCUGUACCGGGAGGCCUUCCUUUGCACCUACAGGGGCUUCAUCAGCCCAAAGGACGUCAUCAUCAAACUGCAGCGCCGGUACCGGAAACUCAGCGACCGACUAGAUCCUGCAGGUCUGACAGGUGCCAAAAACACAUUUCAGCUGCUGAUCCGAGUGGUGGAAGACCUCAGUGCAGUAGAGCUGGACCCCGAUUUGCUGCUGCUGCUAAUGGAGCUAGUAUUCUGUCUUCUGGUUGGUGGAGAGCUGGGCCCCGCCCACCAGCUGCACUCUAACAUCCUGUCCAAGAUGGAAAAGAGGUGGAAACUGAUCAGUUCUCCUCAGUCGCUCUGCCCUCUCGCUGCCAAGGGCGUUGCUGCCAGACCAGGAACUCUGUUGGACUUCAGGAGUCAGGAUUUAGCUGAACAGCUUACUCUGCUGGACUCAGAGCUCUUCCACAAGAUCGAGCUUCCAGAGGUGCUUCUGUGGUCCAAAGAGCAGAACGAGGAGAGGAGUCCACACCUGACCCGCUUCACCCAGCACUUCAACAGCGUGUCCUUUUGGGUCCGUUCAGUGAUCAUCCUCCAGGACAAAGCUCAGGAAAGAGAGAAGCUGCUGUUGAAGUUCCUUAAAGUCAUGAAGCAUCUCAGGAAGCUGAAUAACUUCAACUCGUACCUGUCCAUCUUAUCAGCACUAGACUCCGCCCCCCUGAGACGUCUUGAUUGGCAGAGAAACACAUUUGAGACUCUGGAGGAAUUCAGCUCACUUAUUGACAGCUCAUCGUCCUUUAGAGUCUACAGGACGGCCCUGGCUGAGGUGGAGCCUCCCUGUAUACCCUACCUGGGCUUGAUACUUCAAGACUUGACUUUUGUUCAUCUGGGGAACCCAGAUACUUUAAUGACGUCAGAAGGCUCAAAUGUUAACUUCUCUAAAUCGUGGCAGCAGUUCAACAUCCUGGACACUCUGAGGAGCUACCAACAAGUCCGGUACUCCCUGCAGCCUGACAGUGACAUCAUAUCCUUCUUCAAUGACUUCAGCGAUCACCUGUCGGAGGAGGCUCUGUGGGAACUCUCCCUGGGGAUCCGCCCAAAGAACCCUCCUCGAGCCAAUCAGAGAUGAGCAAAUCAGUGAGCGGGACAAUGAUGGAAUUAACCAGAACCAAACUGGAACAGACCCUAAAUGCUUUACAACUGGUGCUUCUCUGGAACAACUACAGGUCCACAAUCGUAGACGAAUCCAGAACUAUAGACAGGUCCAGAAAAUAACAGACCAGCUUUACCAAACACCUCUGCAAGUUUAAUGAUCUCCUCUGCUCCAUCAUGCAUCAGUUACAGAAACCAAAGGGGUGGUAAAAUGUCCUCUCCACACAUCUAGGCUGACUGCAUGAGUCUGCUCACAUAAGUUCAACUGUGUGGACCAAACAGGUGUGGGACACUGGGGUUCUGCUGGCCACCUGUACACAGCCUGUACACACUCUCAGAUGAACUCAUCAGACACUCACUAUGAACCCAGGUUGCGUUUGUCAUGGCGACUGCACAUGGACGUGUUGGCCUCUGUCGGGUAAAUCCAAACCCGUUUUCUGAGAGGCACACGCCCUAACUCGGGCAGGUUUCAUGACCGUAGCUGUAGACGAUUGUCAGUUCUACUGGAAGUUUCUUUGACCUGUCUGCCCCUGAUAAUCGCCAAAGAACAUGUUUCAUCACCAUCCCUGCACCCUGUCAGGGCCGGCAGAGCCAUCAAAACCAAGACAAUAAACACGUUUAUUUCUAUUUAUCUGUAGCGUUGCCUCCUAUUCAGCAUCCUAAUCUGUUUUAUAAUUUAUGGGAUGUGAAUCUGCCCAGCACGCCCAGCACACUUUUGUUAGUGGUAUUGUAAUGGUGAGUUUUCCGUGCUCUAGAAGGAGUACCACACCGGGAGUCUGAGCUUUUUCAUUGAUCACACUUCCCUUUUUAUGUUCACGCUGUAGAACAUUCUUUAGAAUUAGGUUUUUAUGGAAAUGCCAGGGGCGUGUCCAGGGGGUGGCCCGGGGUAGCACAUGCCACCCUUGGAAUCUGAUUGGCCACCCCACUGAAUUUCCUUUAAAUUGACUUUUGCACAAAAAGCUUAGGGUAAAAAAGAAAAAGCAUAACCACUGGUGCACUACCUGGGCCACCCCAUUUUAAAAGAUCUAGCCACGCCACUGGGAAACGCUCCAAAAGCUUUUGUUCUUUCAUUUGGCGUUGUGUAAUACAUCCAUGUAGGUCAGCUGUUUUAAUUCGAUUUAGCCCAAAGUUCAUCUUCUAUGUCAAUGUCAGUUUUAUUUAUAAAGCACAUUUCCAACAAGCAGAGACUGCACAAAGUGCUGUACACAGACAAGCAGUAAAUAAAAUGAUAAAACACUGAGAGCCUUCCAGUAGACACUUAAAGUACUUAACUAUAAAAUCAGUUAAAAGCAAGGGUACAAAGGUGGGUUUUUAAAAGAGACUUAAAAGCAGAAAUCUGUAGGGGAAGGCUGUUCCAGAGCUUGGGAGCGGCCACAGAAAAGGCUCUGUCGCCUCUGGACUUCCGCCUAGACUUGGGAACCGAUAAAAGAUGUAGAGAGGAUGAUCGGAGGUUUCGUUUGGGGACACGAGUGUUAAAAAGUUCUGACAGAUAAGGAGGGGCCAAAUUGUGUUGUGCCUUAAAACAGAUCAGUAGCAUUUUAAAUUGAAUGUAAGUGAUCGGGAGCCAGUGAAGAGCCUGUAAGACCGGUGUUAUGUGAUCCCUGCGCCUCCUACCUGUCAGCAAGCGGGCUGCCGCAUUCUGAGCCACCCUCAAGCGGUGAAUUGACGACUGCUCGAGUCCACGAUAAAGAGAGUUGCAGUAGUCGAGUCUCGACGUGACUAGCAGGUGUAUAACCUUUUCCAAGUCUUUGAGUGGUAAAUAGGGCUUGACUUUACUAAGAACACGCUCUGGACCACAGAACUUAUCUGUUUUUCAAGUUUAAAAUGGCCAUCACUGAAAAAACCCAGAUUCCUUGCCUGAGACACACAAAAGGUGUCACGAUCUGCCCCUUCCCUCUUGACUGUGUCUCUCUCCUGCCCCGAUUAGUCCAGAUUGUUUUCACCUGUCCCUCGUUAACCUGCCCAUGUGUUCCCAAUCAGCCUCGUGUAUUUAUACCACAUGUUUUGCUCCUGUUCCUUCGUCAGAUCAUUGUUGUUUGUUGUCACCGUUGUGUUUGUUCCUGCCGUUCCCGUUCAGUAAUUAAAUUCGUUUUUACUUUCUCCGUGCCUGCUCUUCUGCCUCCGGAACCCACCACCACACAUGGUCCACCAUCUCCAGCCACACACCGUGACAAAAGGAUUCUAAAGGGCCAAAUACACUGUCUACCCCGUGC